AUGUCGAUGAACUAUUUCAGCAAUCCGUGUCGGAUGCUAUCGAUAGUCGAUAAUGACUGCCAUGAUAUCGCGAGGGAGCACUCUGGAAUCAAGAUUGCAAUCGACCGCGGAGGCACAUUUACCGACGUCUGGGCGUCGUUACCUGGCAAAGGCGAUGUCAUCUUCAAGCUUUUGUCCGUUGAUCCCGACAAUUACCAAGACGCACCAAUCGAAGGUAUUCGUCGCGUUCUCUCGAUGCACCUCGGAGAUGAGUUGCCUCGAGGACAGCCUCUACCGAAAGAGCACCUUCACUCCAUCCGUAUGGGCACUACUGUCGCCACGAACGCUUUGCUCGAGCGCAAAGGUACCAGACAUGUUUUUCUUGUCAACAAGGGCCUGAGAGACCUUCUCAUCAUUGGCAACCAGUCGCGCCCACGUCUGUUCGACCUGAAUAUCGUCAAGCCAGAUGUUCUCUUCGAUGAAGUUGUCGAGAUCGAUGAACGUAUCACCGUUGAGGGAUUUGAUGAAGAUGUGGAUGGCACCACCAAAGACCCAGAAGAAAUCCCUGGUGAACUGGUCCGUGGUAUCAGCGGUGACAUGCUCAGGAUUCUCGAACCUCUAAAUGAAGACACUACUCGAGCAUCCUUGGAAAAGCUCCGGGCAGACGGCUUCACCACGCUCGCCGUAUGUCUCGCACACUCCUACAUCUACCCGUACCACGAGCAACGCAUCGCCGAGAUCGCAUCCGAGAUGGGAUUCUCGCAUAUAUCUCUCUCAUCCGCAGUCGGCGCGAACAUGAUUAAGAUGGUCCCUCGAGGAAGCUCGGCCUCCGCAGAUGCUUACCUCACCCCGGAAACCAAAAAAUACAUCGAAGGCUUCUGCAAAGGAUUUGAAGGAGGCAACUUGGACGGACUUCGGUGCGAAUUUAUGCAGAGUGAUGGAGGUCUUAUCGGGUACAAGGGCUUUGGUGGUCUUCGCGGUAUCCUCAGUGGACCAGCUGGCGGGGUGGUCGGCUACGCAAGAACCUCGUAUGAGGGCAAAACUCCUAUCGUCGGUUUCGAUAUGGGUGGAACGAGUACGGAUGUCAGCAGGUACGGAGGCGCAUUCGAGCACGUCUUCGAAACUACGACAGCCGGCGUCACCAUUCAGAGCCCCCAGCUGGACAUCAACACUGUCGCCGCUGGAGGAGGUAGUAUACUAUCUUGGCACAAUGGUCUCUUCAAGGUCGGUCCUGAGAGUGCAUCUGCUCAUCCAGGACCUGCUUCAUACCGUAAGGGUGGCCCAUUAACGGUCACCGACGCCAACCUUUUCCUCGGACGCCUCCUUCCCGAAUACUUCCCGAAGAUCUUUGGACCCAAUGAGGACCAGCCUCUGGACAGCGACAUCGUUACCAGGAAGUUCAACGAACUUACCAAGGUCAUCAGCGCCGACAUCGGCCGCGAAAUGACAUCCGAGGAGGUGGCAAACGGCUUCAUCGAAGUUGCCAACGAAGCGAUGUGCCGGCCUAUCAGGGCGUUGACCGAAGCUCGUGGUCAUGAGACUGCUGCGCAUAACCUGGGAGUUUUCGGCGGAGCCGGUGGUCAGCACGCUUGUGAGAUUGCCUGUAACCUCGGGAUCUCUCGAGUCAUCCUGCACAAGUACUCCUCUAUCUUGUCAGCGUAUGGUAUGGCACUCGCUGAGGUUGUGCAAGAAGCACAAGAACCAAGCAGCGAAGAGCUGAUUGCUGAUUCCAUGUCUCGAUUGCGCAACAGGCUGGCUGCUCUCAAGGAGACGGCAGCAAAGGAGCUCCUCGCUCAGGGUGUCUCAGAGGAGUCGAUGACAUUUGAAGCCUACCUUAACCUCCGUUAUCAGGGUACGGACACAGCUUUAAUGAUUCUCGAACCGGAGAGCGGAGAUUUCAAGGCUGCCUUCCUGGAGGAACAUCUCCGUGAAUUCGUGUUCGUCUUCCCGGACGACCGCAAGAUCCUUGUAGAUGACAUCCGUAUCAGAGGCAUUGGCAAGAGUGGCGAGAGUGCUAAGGACAACGAGUCUCUGGCGGCUGAGUUGGGCCACAUGCAGUUCGAUACAGUUGACGAGACUGCAUCGAAGGAGACCAGGAGUGUCUUCUUCAAAUCAAUCGGACGAUGUGACACUCCGGUAUACGUCCUCGACAACCUUCCACCGGGAUUGAAGAUCGAAGGACCUGCCAUGAUCAUCGACAAGACACAGACCAUCGUCGUAGUCCCGGGUGCAGAGGCACGUAUCAUCACCUCUCAUGUCAUCAUUGAUCUUGAGAUUUCAGCAACGAAGGUUGCUGCCUCGGCGACAACUGUUGACCCUGUUCAGUUGUCUGUCUUUGGUCAUAGGUUCAUGAGUAUCGCCGAGCAGAUGGGACGCACUCUGCAAAGAACCAGCUGUUCCCUCAACAUCAAGGAACGCCUUGACUUUUCUUGCGCUGUCUUUGGACCAGACGGUGGUCUUGUUGCGAACGCCCCUCAUGUCCCUGUCCAUCUCGGAAGUAUGAGUUAUGCCGUGAAGUACCAGCACGAACUUCUCAAGGGCAAGUUAUCUCCCGGAGACGUGCUUGUGUCCAAUCACCCUGAGUCCGGUGGCACGCAUUUGCCAGACAUCACGGUGAUCACCCCUGUCUUUGAGUCCACUGGCAAGGAGAUUGCGUUCUACGUCGCUUCUCGUGGCCAUCACACGGAUAUCGGUGGUCUUGGUGGAACGUCCAUGCCGCCCAACUCGACUCAGCUAUGGCAAGAGGGAGCAGCGAUUCGUUCAUUCAGGCUCAUCCACAAUGGCAAGUUUGAUGAGGUCGGUAUCGUCGAUAUCCUCCUUUCUCCUGGGAACUACGAAGGCUGUAAUGGCUCUCGCCGUAUCAACGACAACCUGUCAGACUUGAAGGCGCAAGUUGCUGCCAAUAACAAGGGAAUGGUACUCAUUCAGCGCUUGAUGGAGGAAUUUGGCCGUGAGGUCGUGCAGCUCUACAUGAACGCUAUCCAAGCGAACGCUGAGAUUGCUGUUCGUGAUUACUUGCUCAGGACGCGUGAGAAGUUCGGCUUCACCAUCCUUCAAGGCGAGGAUUACAUGGAUUCUGGAUCUAUUGCCAAGUUGGCUGUCAACAUUAAGCCUGAUGGCAGCGCGGUCUUCGACUUCACCGGUACGUCAUGCGAGAUGUACGGCAACAUGAACGCACCUCCCGCGAUUACCUAUUCAGCCAUCAUCUACUGUUUACGUCUCCUGAUCGGUACCGACAUUCCCCUCAACCAGGGAUGCUUGGCACCUAUUGAAGUCAUAUUACCCAAGGGCAGUUUCCUUAACCCCACCGCAGGCGCUGCUGUUUGUGCAGGAAACACUCAGACGUCUCAAAGAGUUUGCGAUCUCAUCCUGAAAACCUUCCAGGCUGCCGCAGCAUCUCAAGGCUGCAUGAAUUGUCUGGGUUUCUUCGGCGAGGGAGGCGUCGACAAGGACGGUAACAAGCUCAGCGGGCACGCCUACGCAUUCGGCGAGACCAUCGCCGGAGGAAGCGGGGCUGGUCCAGGUUGGCAUGGAGCGAGUGGUGUUCACACGCACAUGACAAACACACGCAUCUCCGAUCCCGAAUUGCUCGAGAAGAAGUAUCCUGUCCUUAUGCGUGAAUUCAGUAUCCGUAAGGACAGCGGAGGUCGUGGUCUGUUCAACGGCGGUGACGGUGUGAUCCGCGACUAUCAAUGUCGCGCUCCGUUGAAGUUCAGCGUCAUCACUGAGCGCCGCGUACACCGUCCCUAUGGCUUAAACGGAGGCGAGGAAGGGCAAUGUGGUGCCAAUUACUGGGUGACUAGCAAUGAGGAUGGGUCGGAGAGGUGGAUCAAUCUCGGUCCAAAGAACAUGGUGAGCAUGCAACCUGGUGACCGCUGUGUCAUUCACACACCUUCCGGAGGUGGAUGGGGUGCUGUGCCUAAAACAGGCGAAAACGGAGUGAACGGGGGAACUGCCAAUGGUGCGACGACGGCGAGGGAAACUUAUCCGAGGGCCAGUGGAAGUCUUGCAGCAUACACGACAACGCAAGCAGAGGCUGCUUAAGGGUGGAAUAUAGCGAU